AUGACAGCCUUCAAAAACAGAAAUAAACCAAAAUCGCGACCAUUCCAAGCCAAGCCAACCAGAUUAGCUGGUUCUUGGAAUAUCGGAACUUCAAAGUAUUCGGCUGGGGACCUAGCUCCCGCGGCUUCCAACUCAGGGAACCAUAAUGGAAGCCCUCCUGGAGCGGUACCAUCUGAGACAGUUCCUUUGGAAUUAGCAACUACACAACCUGUUGUUCAAACAUCAGCCCCGUCAAAAAUACUUGUACAAGAAAAUAAGGAGACUGCGGAUUACGUUGUUCCCAGCGUCAACGUUCUUAAACAACUUCUUCACACUCCAAGCGAAAACGAUAUUGGAGGAUCCUUUAAAACGAAAAUCGCGUCUACAUCUACAAGUACGGAAGAGCGCACCGAAUCAACUGAGAAAGAUUGUACAACAUCACCACAAUCUGAAGAUCUUAUACCACAACUGAAAAAAGCUGGUGUGGUUACACCAAGUGAAACUUCAAAUGAGAAAUCAAUUGAGCAGCAAAGCUUGUCAUCAGACAGCCUCGAUCUGGCCAGAAAAAUGUCACAAGUUGUUUUAGCCGAGUCUCCUAGUGACACACCGAACAAGUCAUCAAUUAAAAAUCCUGCCGAGUUCACAAAUGAAUGUUCAGAUGCGUCCGUUAUUGAUCUGACUUCAAUUGUAGAAAGCAACUCUACCCCAACAACAAGCUCUAAAGAAAGCUCAUCCAAGAAAACUAAACUCAGAAUUAUUUUUCCUAAGAAGUCGUCUGACGCCAAUAAUUAUAAGUAUGAAAAACCGGCAAAAAUACCAGUCAAAGUAACCAAAUCACCAAGAGUCACUUCUUUUAAACCAGUUAGUACAUAUUCCACAAGAAGAGGAAGUACAGCAUCAACAGGGCAGAAUGCUCCCAAGAUCAGUUCAAAUUCCAGAUCCACCAACGAUUCGACAACAACUAAUAAUAAACCCACUAUAUAUAGUCCAAUCGAAACCAGUUUCAAAGGGGAUCUUAACAUGGGGCACUCACCGAAAUGUGUUAUCUUGAGCGUUGGAUUUGUUGACCGGGACUAUUUGCGCCAUCUUGAGUUGGGAUUCAGAUCUAUUGGAGAAGAGGUUGAGAUACAGCUCAUAUCGCCGGCAAUCCCCCUGAAACCAGUUAUUGAAGGCACUGCCUAUAGUGGAGCAGGAACGCUAGUCAUAGUUGAUCCAGCACGUAAUCCUCCUGGCAUCAUUGAUAUCCAGAUAUUCGAGCAUUUUCCCAAUUCCCCAAUCCGCUUUACAGAAUACUCUUCCAUCACUGUACAGGAUGCUAUUGGUCUCAUGAUACAAGCAAAAUACAGCUCAAAUCCCCCUAAAUUAAUACCCCAGGGUAGCGGUCCUGCUACCCGACAGGAUCCAAGCACCAGUUCUCAACCUCAAAUACACAAUAAUGUCCCCAAUUCUAGUGAACCAACAGCUUUCUCCGCUUUCCAGCACACACUACCACACCCCACCACCGAUGCAGACAAGCGGGCCCUUGCUGCUUCUCUGCUUGGAGCACUCCAGUCCAUCGACCCUGCCACCGUUCAAUCGGUCAUCGCCGCCCUGCAAUCUCAUCAGCCAGCUCCAUUCUAA